AUGAACAAGAUGUUACCAAAGGCGAACUAUUGGUCAAUUCUAAUCAAUAUUUUGAUACAAAAAUAUUUGUCCAACUUGACCACUACCUGUAUUUUGUGGCAUCCAAAUUUUGAGAAAAUUUUAGAGCCUGACACCAACUAUAAUGUGUUAUUGCAAAUAAAUCCCAUAAAUCUAACGGAAUCAUUUUCUAAGGAUAUUUAUAAUUUUACCCAACAAGAUGAGUAUUUCAGUGGCAAUUUGGUUUAUUAUAAUGAUUUUGUAAAGAAGUAUAUAGCGGCAAUUUCGAAUACCUAUUGUGAGGGCUAUGUGGUGUUUCAAGAUCAUAUACCUUUAUUUGCGGAAAAUUUCCGCAAAGCCAGUCUUUAUUCAAUAUGGCGUUCCAUGUAUUCAAAAUUCAUAUUUGUGUAUGUCAAGGAUGUACAGGAAGAAGAUUACUUUCGAGACAUUUUCUUUCAAAAUCAAGCUAGUAUUUUGGUAGUUGAGGCCGACUUUAUGAACUCCUCUACAUUCUCUUUAAAAACCAACAAAUUUGUGGGUUCUCGUAGUCAACAUCCAGAGGAAUUAUUUUUACUAUCAACCUUUGAUGCUUUGGAUCGUACUUUUUCACCCGAUAUAGAUUUAUUCUCUACCGAAAGACUUAUGGAUCUACAAGGUCGUGAGAUAAUUAUAGCCUCUCUCGAUUAUCGUCCCUUUGUGGCUGUAGAUUAUGAACGUGAGCCUUUGUUCUAUGAUCAGGCUGAAGAUAAUCCUAGUCAUUUGGUGCAUGUAGAUGGUAGUGAGACCAGAGUCUGCCAUACCUUUUGUGAAAUUUACAAUUGUACCGUGCAAUUUGAUACUUCCGAAAAGGAAGAAUGGGGUAGUUCCUAUACCAAUUUUACUGGCACUGGUCUGUUGGGUCUGGUAAUAGGCGGUAAAGUGGAUAUGACUUCGGGAGCCAUGUAUGCCUGGAGCACCUAUUACAUGACCACUGAUGUCACCCAGUUUUUGGUACGUUCUGGUGUUACUUGUUUAGUACCAGCUCCCAGGCGCAUUGUUAGUUGGGAUUUACCCCUGAAACCUUUUAAAAUGACUCUCUGGCUAGUCAUUAUGUCGGUGUUGGUUCUCGAAAGUGUAAGUCUACUAUUAGCCCGACAAUUCGAACAGAAUAUAGAAAAUCCCGAAAACCAUCACAAAUGGAAGACAAGUUAUAUGUUUGGUUUUAUAUCGGCCUUUAAACUAUUUCUCAAUCAGGGCACAGAUUAUGUGGUACAUGGCAUUACCUUAAAGGUCAUACUAUUAGCCUGCUAUUCGUUAGAUAUUAUAAUAACCAGUGUCUAUGGUGGUGGUUUAGCCUCAAUCUUAACCAUGCCCAUUUUGGAAGAAGCUGCCGAUUCCGUAGAGAGAAUGUAUACCCAUCAAUUAAAGUGGGCGGCUACCUCCUAUGUGUGGGUGGAGUCUCUUAAAGAUGUGGAUGAUGAUCCUAUAAUCAUGGGCCUUUUAGCCAAUUUCAAAACCUAUAAAUUCGAAGAAGUACGCGAAAUGGCCAAAACUGAAAAUAUGGGUUUUGCUGUGGAACGUUUGGCUUUCGGUCAUUUUGGCAAUUUUGAUUUUAUAACACCCGAAUCUCUGAAUCGUCUUAAACUCAGUGUUGAUGAUAUCUAUUUUGGCUAUACCGUGGCAAUGGUUACGCGUCUUUGGGCUCAUUUACCCAAAUACAAUGAUUUGGUAUUGGCCUGGCAUUCUUCGGGUUUCGAUAAGAUUUGGGAGUGGAAGAUUACAGCAGAAUUCUUAAAUGUCAACGAGCAAAAUCAAAUCAUAGCCUCUCGAUAUUUUAAUUUUGAUACAGGACCCGUUAAGCUGGGUAUGAGUAAUUUUGGUGGCAUGAUUUUGUUGUGGAUAUUGGGUAUGACUGUCAGUACUUUGGUAUUUGCUGGCGAGUGGUUGGCCUAUAAGAUAAUGCAAAAGAAGCUGAAGGCGCAAAAGGAGGGACACAGGUUUAGUGUGGUAAACAGCAUAAUGUUUUUGACGGAAUAUCAUCAUUGGUCUACUAUAAUAAGUCUUUUAACCGCCAUAGAACAAACUCACUGUGAGGGAUUUCUGGCUUUUCAAGAUGACAUUCCCCGAUUCGCCGAGGCUUUUGCUAAAGCUAGCACAUACUCUAUAUGGCGUUCAGUAAAUUCCAGAUUUAUAUUUGCCUUCACUAAGGAACUACAGAAACAGGACUAUUUUCAGGAUUUAUUGUUUAAAAAUCAAGCCAACAUUUUAGUCAUAGAAUCAGAUUUUCUAAACUCUUCAACAUUUCGUUUAAAAACUAAUAAAUUUGUGGGCCCUAGAAGUCAACAGCAAGAUAAAAUGAUUUACUUAUCCACAUUUUAUGCCUUAAAUCGUAGUUUUGUACCAAAAAUAAAUUUAUUAUCAGACAAACUGAGAAAUCUUCAAGGUAGACCACUAGUUAUGGGUGCUUUCGAUUAUCGUCCUUUUGUGGCUGUAGAUUUUAAACUAUUGCCUCAAUACUAUGAUCAUGCGGCAGAUAAUCCUUCGCAUUUGGUACAUGUAGAUGGAGCCGAGAUACGCAUAACUCACAUAUUUUGUGAAUUAUAUAAUUGCACUGUAGAAUUUGAUACAACCGAGAAACAAGAAUGGGGCUUGGCAUUUAAGAACUACAGCGGCUACGGUUUAAUUGGUAAUAUAAUAGAAGGAAAAAUAGAAAUGGCCAUGCAAGCCAUGUAUCUAGUUUGCUCUGAUUAUUAUGCCGUCGAUGCUACCGCCUAUAUAGGACGUUCUGGAGCUACAUGUUUAGUCCCUGCUGCAUCGCUUCAAGCUAGUUGGUAUUUACCAUUACGACCAUUCAAAUUUACUCUGUGGUUGGGCGUUUUAGCGUGUUUGUUUUUGGAAGCUUUGUCUCUCUUUCUAGCUCGAAAAUUUGAACAAAAUUUGACACAUAAAAAGGAAACUUGGUGGUCUUGCCUGGAAUUUGGUUAUACCACAACUUUGAAAAUAUUUAUAAAUCAAAGCUCUGAUUAUUUGGUGCAUUCCCACACUUUGCGUACCGUACUAUUCUGUUGCUAUACCAUGGAUAUUAUACUAACCAGUGUUUAUGGUGGGGGUUUGUCCUCAGUUUUAACAUUACCCACUUUCGGUGAAACUGCUGAUUCUGUUGAGAAAAUGGUAAAAUAUAAUUUAUCCUGGAUGGGAUCAUCGUAUGCCUGGUUGGAGUCCAUAGCUGAGGAGGCAGAAGAAAACUCCUUCUAUAAAAGUUUGAUCGACAAUUUUAUACUCGAUAGCAUGGAUGAAAUGCGCUCUAAAGCUAAAACCCUUAACGUGGGCUUUAUUCUGGAACGCAUGGCAUUUGGUCACUUUGGCGGUGGUGAUUAUAUUACUCCCGAAGCUUUGCAACGCCUAAAAUUGAUGGUAGAUGAUAUAUAUAAUCAAUUUACUGUGGCUAUGGUUUCACGUUUAUGGGUACAUUUGCCUAAGUUUAAUGAUCUCUGUUUACGAUGGCAUUCUUCGGGUUUAGAUAAAUUUUGGGAAUGGAAAAGUACUGCAAAAUAUUUAAAUAUCAAUGAACAAAAUCAGGUAGCAGCUUCAAAACAUUUAAAUAUUGAUUUGGGUCCAGUUAAGUUAAAUAUACAAAAUUUUGCUGGUUCUAUAGUGUUAUGGAUAGUGGGUAUGUUGAUGAGUAUUGGUACAUUUGUAGUAGAGUUAGUGUGGUUUAAGUUCGGGAAGAGGGCAUAA